AUGAACAGUCUACGACGUACGGCGACAAGGGCGCCUGCAAAUGCAAAUCUUAGCUCUGCCAUAAGACCUUCAACUCGAGCAUCGCCCCCCAGAAGACUGCUUCAACUGAAUCAAACUUCUGCCUCGCCCUCAUUUACGCCAACUUCUUCAUUAUCAACAAUUACAUUAUACUCUAAUCCUUUACGUUCUCAAUUUCUACCAGACGAAAUCCGAAUCGGCUUGCCGUCACAUACCUCACGAAGUUUUCACCAUGGCGCAAGACUAAAGCAGGAGAAGGACGCCAAACCUUCCAGCGAAGCUGCGAAAGAGGAAGCUGCAGAAGGACAGUCUACAAAAAAAUCCGCAUCAUCCGAGGCAGAGACAGGAUCGAAGGAAGAGGCAUCUAAGGAAGAGGCAUCGAAAGAGGAGCCUAACUCUGAGGAUGGAAGUAAAAAAGAAGAGCAGAAAGAGGCUCCCCCACCACCUCCUCCGCAUGGAGAUAAGUCACCAUGGGCAGUCUUCACCGACACGCUGCAGAAGGAAUUUCAAGCUUCCAAGGAAUGGAAUGAGUCUACCAAAGCCUUAGCUGCUGGCGCCCAACAGUUCACGGAGAGCGAGUCGGUAAGACGAGCGCGGGAGGCAUACGAACAGACAACAGGAGCUGUUUCAUCCACAACGGCGACUGUUCUAAAGUCAACAGCUGGUGCUGUUGGCAAAGGCGCUGCGUGGACCUGGGAAACACCUGUUGUGAAAGGGGUACGGACGACAGUGAAUGCCACUGCGAGUGUCAUAGAAAAGGGAACGCGGCCAAUUCGGGAAACCGAGGCAUUCAAAAAUGUGAAGAAUGUUAUCGAUGAUGGUAGCAGUUCGCGAUAUGGAGGAUGGGUAGAGAAGGAGGAGCGACGGAAGGCGAGGGAGGUGAGGGAGCAACAAGAGGCGCAGAAGAUGGGUAUGUCGGGCGGGCGGGUGGAGGUUCCAAUAGAAGAUCCAAACGCCGGCACAAACGUAACUCUCCACAAAGAUGCAGCUUGGAAAGAAUCGUGGCGCGAGUUCCGAGAUACAAGCAGGCUAAUGCAAUCUGUCUUCUCCCUGAAAUCAACCUUUAACGAAUCUGAGAAUCCUCUCGUCUCCACUGCACGGAGCAUCACCGACCGUUUUGCUGGGUUCUUUGCCGAAAAUGAGACAGCAAUGGUGAUCAAGAAGUUCAGGGAAAUGGACCCGACUUUCCAAAUGGAACCCUUCCUACGCGAGAUGCGCGAAUACAUUCUCCCUGAAGUGCUGGACGCAUACGUCAAGGGCGACAUCGAGACCCUCCGCCUCUGGCUGAGUGCCGCUCAAUUCCAAGUCUACGAAGCCUUAUCGAAGCAAUACACAACUGCAGGAUUGAAGUCGGAUGGCCGAAUCCUCGACAUUAGGAACGUCGAGAUCCUCUCAGCGCGAAUCCUAGAACCGGGCGACAUCCCCGUGUUCAUCGUUACGUGCCGCACCCAGGAAGUCCAUGUUUACCGGAAUGCGAAGACCAACGACCUUGCUGCGGGCAUGGAGGAUAAAGUGCAACAAGUUACGUAUGCCAUUGGCGUAACGAGAACUGCGGAGGAUGUUAAUAAUCCCGAUACGAGGGGAUGGAGAUUGAUUGAGCUCCAAAAGUCUGGGCGAGACUAUAUCUGA